AUGAGCGGUGAAUCAGACCCCAGUCCGUCCAGCAUGGCUUCUCCUCAGGACAUUCUCGUUGUCAAGUCGCCAGGCGACUCUUUCUCGUCAACUCUACAGACGCGUUCUUCGACUCUGAGCGGCAGUUUCAGGGGCGAGGCGUCUUCCGAGGAAAACGCGUUUCUCUUCCUGGGGGUUGCGCAGAUGCUGCUAGGGGUGCUGAUGGCGGUGUUCGGCGUCUUGGCCAUUGUGCACGAGUCGUCGCUGUCCGGUGUGGGGGCGGGGUUGUGGGGGGGCGCUGUGGCCAUGGCGACGGGUGUCGUGGGAGUGCUGGCCGGACUCCGGAGCUGUUAUUCGGUGACGGAGUCGUCUCCGUCCCGACUCGCCGUCACGGCGUUCCUGGCGCUUUGUCUGAUAUCGCUUGCGGUUAGCAACCUCGUGGUCGUGCUGUCGGUUAUCGGGCUCGUGAGAGACGGACAGAGCGCAGACGUGCGCGCCAUACAGAAAGAGAACGUGAAAUCUGAUACAGAUAUUAAUGAUGGCCCCAAUUGGGCACCCCUGUUAGCCAGCUGUGGCCUGCUGCUCAUGGCAUGUGCACAGUGCCUGGUGACGAUCGUGUCUGGUUUUCGCUGCUAUCGCCAAGUGUGUCCGUGUGCUAGACGUAGAGAUGAGAAGCAGCCACUUCCAGACUCGCCUGAGCCUGCUGGAUCAUUCUACAGCACAAGCAGCAAGGAAACGCUCAUCAGCGACUGGCUUGGGCAGCAGCGUCGGCAGAACGUGCUGCUGAUCACGCAGCCACCGGUACAAGGUCCCUGUGGACCAAUAUUCACUCUGCAGGCACCACCUCCAGUUCCACCACCGUCUGUGAUUGGCUACCACCUACCAAAUGCUCCAUUUCUCAACCCUCUGGUCCCCCCACAUUACAUGAUGUCAAGACCAGUGAAAACUCUCGGUGGCACUGCGGAGAGGACAAAAUGCUUACGAGAUCACAACAUUGUUCGAAGAGGACGCCGUGGCACAAACAAGAGGAAGCACGGCAGUGCUGCUUCAGUCCCAGUAGAACAUCAGAGGCCAGUGACAGAGGAGGAAGUGGCUCAAACAUACACGGGACUCGACCGUGAAAUAGCUGAGGAGUUCAUAACAAUAGCCAUGGAGUCAGGCACAGGCAAAUCUAAGCAACCAGUGCCUGAAAUGAACACAGAUAGGGGAAGACUUGAGGCCAUCAAACAGUAA